UAGUAAUAUCAAAUAGAACAUCGAAAUCCAUGUUUCAAAAUGGAAACUAGACACGCCGUGUGGACAUUUAAAGUUGUUGUGCCUAUUGUUCUAUGUGGCUAUAUUUGUGGCUUAGUUUUAACACUCGUGUGGUAUGAAUGGCAUCCGGCGCUAAGAAGGCAAGACCUGAACGCACGUUGGCUGACAGUUGUGGGCCUGGCAUUGCUCUUAAUUGUUCUCUUCUAUGGGCGUCCCGUCAGGUGCAUACUGACUCUGGCCAUUCCCUCCUUGUGCAGCUCCCGCGGACGCGCUUUUCUGAUAGCUCUGGCCUUCUUCCUGGCGGCCAUUGGGCCGACUGCCAAUAUCCUCGCCAAUCUGAAGGUGAUGUUGCGCAGCAUGGCCUGUGGGCAAGAGCUGCUGCGACAGGCUCUGGGCCAAAUGCUGGAUGUAGUAAUGGAACCAGCAAAGUCCAUCAAAAUGGCCAUAGAACUGAUGUUGGACGAGGUGCGUCGAGUGCUGAAGCAAGUUCUGGAGACUCUGCUGCGCAUCCAAGAGUACCUGCUCAUCAUCAUUGGAACCCUCAAGAACUGCUUGGCCUGGCUGGAAUCCAUUGUGGACAUGUGCAACGAGGAGAUGGACACACCGUGGGCACGCUGCAAACAGGCUGCCCUUAGUGCCAUGAGCAAGUGCCAGGAGAAAUUGGGUGUCUUCAAGCCCAUCUGUCAUGUGACCCAAGUGUUUCUGGCCCUGUGCUAUCCGGCAAAGAUAAUCGACGUCUUUUGCACUGGCUUCUGGGAUGUACAGUGGGAGCUGCUGGACAAGGUCAUGGAGCAGUACCAUUUGUUUGUGGGCCACAUCAGGGAAAUGUUUGAUGUUAAAAUCGCAUUUGAACACGACUUCCAUUUCAACACCAAUUCCUCGCGGGAUCUCUCGGAGGUGGGCGAAGAGAUUGUCCAGGAUAUCAACAAGCGAUUGAAGCCAUUGAUGUUCAUGUUCGGCUGGCUGGAUCUGCUCUGCUACAUCUUGAUUGUGGCUGUGUUUAUUAAGGCCAUCUACUUCUAUGUCCGCUACAUGCACAGUCUGGAGUAUCGGAAUGUUUAUUUAACUGAAUCCAUUUAUGCCAUCGAGAGGACCAGGGAGCAGCACGGAGACGAGCUGCUGUUGCCGCUGAAACGACUUGAAAGAAGAAAGUACAUUAAGCUCACCAGUCCGCGCCUCACCUCCUCCGAGUGUCUGGAUAUUGUGGGCAACUCAUUUUUCAUGAUUUUCACCUCCCUGCAGCUGUUCUCCAUUUGCUUUUUGGACUACAGCCUCUUCUGGCUGCUGGCCACCAUGUCGUACUAUGGCCAUCAGGAGUCAGGACUGGAGGUGCCUGCCUACAUCGAUCUGCAGAUUAAAGGAGGAGGAUUUGUGGCUGAUAUAAUGAGAGGAAUUUCCAAUGGCUUUCGGCCACUCACCCAGAAAACUGUCUUGGACACGAGCCACUGUCUGCCACUGCCCGUGGAGCCGAACUAUUGGAGAUAUGCUGAGAUCCUGGGACUCUGUUUGAUCUCCUGGCUGGUUCUGCUGACGGAGCCGUACUUUCUGCGCCUUCGUCAUGCGAUUAUGCGCUGCUUCUACCCCGAGAGAGACCAUGAGAGAGCGCUCUAUCUGCACAAUAAGAUCUUGACUGAGCGCAUAAGCGUAUUCAAGUUCGCACGUCGACAGGUACGAGCUGCCUUCAUGUACCAGGAUCACGAAGGGCACAUCACUUGCCUCAACUGGCUGAGGGGCAAGGUGAAUCGGUGCUGCUGUUGUGCCUGUCUGCUGGGUGCCAUGAGUGGUGAUGUCUGCAUUAUUUGCGCCAAGUCCUUGAGCUCCUCCACCCGCAUAGAUUGCGCCACCCAGGGCUGCAAAGGUGUGUACUGCCCGGCGUGUUUCAGUGAGUCGAACAACAAAUGCUGCCUGUGCCAUCGACCCAUAGAUUAUGGCGAUCUAAGUGAUUUCUCUGAAGUGCAGGACUCUUCAGAUGAUCCUGAGGCAGAAUCUUUUACGCAGCAGCAAGCUAGAUUAGAGUGUGGCGGAUACAGCAAGCAAAGAAGGAAAAAGCAGCCAUAGAAUUGCA